AUGGCUACUCAGACUCACUCCCUGCCCCCUCUUCCGUAUGCUUACGAUGCCCUUGAACCCUUCAUCUCCAAACAAAUCAUGGAACUGCAUCAUCUAAAACACCAUCAAACCUACAUCAACAACCUGAACGCCGCCCUCUCUGCCCAAGUCACGGCUACCCAGACCAACGAUGUCGCCACCUUGAUCAGUCUGCAGCAGAAGAUCAAGUUCAACGGCGGCGGCCAUAUCAACCACUCUCUCUUCUGGAAGAAUCUGACUCCUCCUGGAACUCCAGGUAAUGACUUGACUAGUGCAGCGCCCUCUCUGCGAGAAGCAAUCACCUCCCGCUGGGGAUCACACGAGACUUUCGUGAAGGCGUUUGGCACUGAGCUGCUCGGUCUGCAGGGUAGUGGCUGGGGAUGGCUUGUAAGCAAGGGUGGACCUAAAGGUCGACUGGAGAUUAUCACGACUAAGGACCAAGAUCCGGUGGCCGCUUCUGAUGUCCCGGUCUUUGGUGUUGAUAUGUGGGAGCAUGCUUAUUAUCUGCAGUAUCUGAACAACAAGGCCGGUUAUGUCGAGGGCAUUUGGAAGAUCAUCAACUGGGCUGAAGCUGAGAAGCGCUACACAGCUGGUGUGGAGAACCCGCUGAAGCUGUGA